GAGAGAGAGAGGAGAAAGAGAGAGAGAGGGAGAGAGGAGGAAGGGAAUGAGGUAGAUAGAGAAGCAGACAAAAGAGUGAUCCACAACACCAGUCCCCCCACAGCCACAAAAGACCAGUCCCCUACAGCUAGCAACACCAGUCCCCCUACUACAACAAUCUGUCCCCCCACAGCUACAACACCAGUCCCCCACAGCCACAACACCAGUCCCCCCACAGCGACACAUCAGUCCCCCCACAGCCACAACACCAGUCCCCCCACAGCUGGCAACACCAGUCCCCCCACAGCCACACAACACCAGUCCCCCACAGCCACAACACCAGUCCCCCCCACAGCUGCCAAACAACACCAGUCCCCCUACAGCUACAACACCAGUCCCCCACAGCCACAACACCAGUCCCCCCACAGCCACAACACCAGUCCCACAGCCACAACACCAGCAUCCACAGCUGCAACACCAGUCCCCCCACAGCCACAACACCAGUACCCUACAGCUGCAACACCAGUCCCCCUACAGCUACAACACCAGUCCCCAGCGCCACAACACGUCCCCUACAGCCACAACACCAGUCCCCUACAGCGACAAUAUCAGUCCCCCUACAGCUGUAACACCAGUCCCCCUACAGCUACAACACCAGUACUCCUACAGCUGCAACACCAGUCCCCCUACAGCUGUAACACCAGUCCCCCUACAGCUACAACACCAGUACUCCUACAGCUGUAA